AUGUCGUCGAGUAUUGGGAACUCGGCAGAGCUGAACAAUCUCACUCUCAACGAUCGCUUGAAAGCUUUCAAAAGUUCCAACUUCGAUCCUGAUGCCUAUCUCACCUCCAAAUGCCAGCAUAUGAAUGAGAAGGAGAUAAGGCAUUUGUGCUCUUACCUUGUCGAAUUAAAGAAGGCAUCUGCAGAGGAGAUGCGUAGAAGUGUUUAUGCUAAUUAUGGAGCCUUCAUUCGCACAUCCAAAGAGAUUUCGGAUCUAGAGGGGCAGAUACUUUCCAUGAGGAAUCUCUUGUCUGCUCAAGCAGCUCUUGUUCAUGGUUUGGUUGAUGGUGCUCUCAUCACUUCCUUGUGUGCUGCUGCUGAAGAUGCUACGAAAGAGGACACAUCUGACGCUGAAAAUGGAGAACUUUCCAAGAUUGAGAAUUGGCUUGCAGAGUUUUUGGACAACCUGGAAGUUUUGAUGGCUGAAAAGAGAGUGAAUGAAGCCAUGGCUGCAUUAGAUGAAGGACAGAAUAUAGCAGAUGAGGCAAAUGGGAGACACACUUUGAGUCCAAGCGCACUUCUUUCACUACAGACUGCUAUCACAGAACAGAGACAGAAGCUAGCUGAUCAACUUGCAGAGACCAUUUGCCAACCGUCUACACAUGCUGUUGAGCUCCGUUCGACUGUUUUAGCCUUGAAAGCCCUUGGGGACGGUCCCCGUGCCCAUUCCCUGCUACUUAAUUCUCACCAGCAGAAACUGCAACGCAAUAUGCAAAGCCUUCGCUCUUCAUAUACCUCGUAUGGAGGAGUAUUUACGGCUGCUCUUUCUCAGCUUGUUUUCUCAACCAUUGCGCAAGCAGCUAGUGAUUCCUUGGCAGUGUUUGGUGAGGAGCCUGCUUUUUCAUCUGAGCUUGUGUCUUGGGCUGUGAAACAGUGCGAGACAUUUGCUCUUAUUGUGAAGAGGAACACUUUAGCCUCAUCAGCAGCAUCAGGUGUUCUACGAGAUACGAGUGAAUGUCUGCAGAUAUGCAUGGGCCAUUGUUCUUUGCUGGAAGCUCGUGGCUUGGCCCUUUCUCCUGUUUUGCUGAGACUCUUUAGGCCUUAUAUCGAACAGGCGGUGAAUGCCAACUUGAGAAGAAUUGAACAAAGCUGCUCUGCUCUAGCAGUCACAGAUGACUGGUCGCUCGCUUAUUCGCCAACCAGUUCACGUCAUUCAUCUUCUAUGAUUACGUCACUGCCGAAGCUUUCUAUCAGUGCCAACAGGUUCAGUUUAAUGGUUCAGGAGUUUUUAGAGGACAUAGGGCCCCUUGAUGAGAGCCUUCAGUUGGGUGGAGUGGCAUUAGAAGGUGUUUUGCAAGUAUUCAACUCGUAUGUCAAUCUGUUGAUAAAUGCAUUGCCAGGAUCAGUGGAGAAUGAAGAGAGCUUAGAAGGCUCUGGACAUAAAAUUGUUAAGAUGGCAGAAACUGAAGCACAACAAGUAGCUUUGCUGUCUAAUUCAUUGUUAUUAGCAGAUGAGUUCCUCCCUCGAGCCGCACUGAAGCUUUUCAACGCCAAUCAGUCUAGUAGGUCUGAUGAGUCCCUCAGAGGAGGUUCGGAUAGACACAGCCAUCUAACUGAACAAAGAGAAUGGAAGAAGAGGCUUCAGCGCUCAGUGGAUCGCCUGCGAGAUACCUUUUGUAGGCAGCAUGCUUUGGAUCUCAUCUUUACAGAAGAAGGGGACAUUCGUCUAAGUGCAGACAUUUACAUUUCCAUGGAUGAGACAACUGAAGAACCAGAAUGGUUUCCCUCUCCAAUUUUUCAGGAACUUUUUACCAACUUGACACGGAUGGCAGGCAUUGUGACUGAUAUGUUUGUGGGUAGGGAAAGAUUUGCUACUAUUCUGUUAAUGCGACUCACAGAGACUGUGAUUCUGUGGAUCUCUGAUGAUCAAAGUUUUUGGGAAGAGAUCGAAGCAGGAACAAGACCUCUUGGUUCCCUUGGUCUGCAACAGUUUUAUUUGGACAUGGAGUUUGUGAUGAUCUUCUCAUCCCAAGGCCGGUAUUUAUCUCGUCAUCUGCAUCAAGUUAUCAAAGACAUUAUAGCUAGGGCCAUUGAUGCAGUUGCUGCUACUGGACUAGAUCCAUACAGUGUACUGCCAGAGGAUGAUUGGUUCGUUGAAGUUGCUCAGAUUGCGAUAAAGAUGUUAACCGGGAAAGCCAAUUUUGGAAUAGAGCGAGAUGCUACAAGUCCAACUGCAUCUACAUCUGCAAGAUCUGUUUCUUCAGCAAAAUCUUAUGGCAGUAACUAGAGUUCUGGAUUUUGUCUCUACAAACACAUAAAGGACUCCAGCGGCUACUGUGCCCUGAAGCUCAAUGAAAUUGAGGGCUAAAGCUGAUCAAUGAAACUGAGAACUAAAGAACUUGUACUCUUUACAACUAGAUGACCAAGACGAUUAUGGGC